CCGUGGACUCUUGUCACGCGUGUCUUUAUGUCAUGAGGCUGAUUCACAGGAAGUGUCUGUGCCUUUGGCUGCAGACUUAUGGGAUUUACUCGUCGCUGAAAUGUCAGGUGUUGUUACUUCAUUUCACCACCAACGUCUGUCUGCACGAAUGGGUCCAGCAACACUCGCCUACCCUUAACAGACUGCGUUAGAGUGAACAUCAAAGUCAUAUCCCAGAGCCAAAGUGAUGCAGAUGCCAGCUCUAGUCUUCAUAUACCGCAAACGUCGAUGCCUCUCUUCAAGAUGGAUCCGAAACAGCAAACCAGAGGCCUACCCACUCCCACACUGCACUUUCAGCAUGUUUCCCAAAGACCUGCUUCCUUUUCUUCCUCCUCUGCAUCCUCAGGCCCUGCAGAGCUACUGAGGGCUACAACUUUAAAGAACCACCUGCUACAGCAGAAGAUUAGCAGAAGCCCUCGUCGAAGCCCUCGUAGAAGCCCGGCAUCGACAGAGCGACCUGAUGGAACGUUUUCGGCAUACAGCAGCCCUCGAAUACCAAAGAGAGAAAUCCCGUGCUCUAAAGACACACUUGACCUCCACACUAGUACACUCACCCAGAAGGCGAUGCAAGACCUACAGUUAAUACGCAACGCCAACAAGAAUUUCACUUUUGGGAAGUAUCGUCUCAGCAGUGUGGACGACGCAAAUGAGAACGGUGACUUUUACCGGCUUUCGGCUGAUGUCCUGCAAGGCCAGGGACGAGGACCACGCCUCCUCACUGAAGGAGCAAACGGGAAUGAGAUAUCAGGAGUGGCUCCAUGUGGUUUGGGGUACAUCCACAAGGACACAUCCAACCUGGAUGUUGGAACCACUGAACGAGAGGUGUCAAGUGACAAAUCAAAGUCUUCUCAUCAGAACUUCAACAUGCCACGCAGAAGAAGUGAGCCGGGGAAAGUCCACAUGGCCGCUGUUGCUCCCUUCAGGUUCAGUAGGUUUCAGGUCCAUGAGGACAUAGGCGGCUUUCCGGAUGAUCUGAGUGACUGCUCCUCUGACUCCAUGGAGAUCUGCUGUGAUGAUCUCGACCCUGACUCUCAAAGGAAACGGACCGUACAGAAUGUCCUUGACCUCCGCCAGAAUUUGGAGGAUACCAUGUCAAGUCUACGGGGUUCCCAGCUCAGUCAUAGCUGUCUGGAAAGCAGUAAUGUGGGCUAUGACAGUGACGAGACCAACGCUCGUAGCAUAUCCAGCAUGUCCAACCGCUCUUCACCUCUCUCCUGGCGCCACGGCCAAUCCAGCCCCCGUCUUCAGGCAGGUGACGCUCCUUCAGCCACAGGAGGAUACCAGGGGAGUAAGACCGGCUCCCAGUACACCUCCCAUACGAUGCCAUCUCGCUCCAGCCGCCUCAGCAACACAUCUCGCAUUGAGCUUAUCGAAGGCUUGGACGUGGAUGCCAUUGACCUCAAGUCUGGUUACCUAAGUGACAGUGACCUAUUAGGAAAGAGGCUGCCGGAUGACGAUGACGACAACCUGGCAAACGGUUGGGAUGAGAGCAGCUCCAUCAGCAGUGGCCUCAGCGACGGUGAUGGCGAUGGCUCGGACAACCUCAGUUCAGAAGAGUUCAAUGUCAGCUCCUCGCUGAACUCCCUGCCAAACACACCGCUGGGUUCCAGGCGCAACUCCUCUGCCAUGCUCCGCACUGAUGCAGAGAAGCGCUCCCUGGUGGAAAGCGGACUGUCCUGGUAUAGCGAGGAUGGCAAAGCCAACGCCAAGCUCAGCAGCAGCAGCUAUGACACUGGGAGUCUCAAGACAGAAGUCCCAAGCAAAUGGAGAAAGAAACCGCCGAGCCUCAGCGAAGAGCCGGGGAGUAAAUGUGAAAUGAAGAAGCCUCAAGGUUUUGGACAACCUGGGAGCUUCAAGAAGAGUCGUAAUCCUCCUGUGGGCGUGACCUCUCCCAUCACCCAUACAUCUCAGAGCAUGCUCAAAGUCGCAACACCUAAAAAUGAGAAACCACUGGACAAAUCCAAGAUGUCCCUUAAAGCUGCAGGUCUACAACGGUCUCGUUCUGACGCUGGCAGGGAUCAUCAUGGAGAGCACCGCAAGCCUCCAUCAGGUUUAAUAAAACCCACUGCUGGAGCCUCCUUUGGGUACAAAAAACCCCCCAUGGCCACUGGUACAGCCACUGUUAUGACAGCAGGGGGCGCCACCAUCUCCAGUGGCUCUGCUACUGUGGGGAAAACACCCAGGUCAUCUGGCAUUCCUGCAAAGCCUGUGGGAGGAGGAACACCUUCAGGUCGAAAAAACAGUUUUGAUGCGAGCAGUGAGCAGAGCUUCCUGGGGCCAAACGCCAGGAACAGCAUUCAAUACCGCAGCCUGCCUCGACCGGCCAAGUCAAGCACGCUCAGUGUGAUCGGUCGCCCUGCAGCUCGGCCCAUUAGCAGUACCAUUGACCCCAGUCUAUUGAGCCUGAAACCUGUGCCCAUGGCCUCUGCAGGCCCCAGGAUGAAAGAGCUUAGUAGCUGCAGCAGUAAAAUGGCUGCUCGGACCAGUAUAGGCCCGGUGAAUCAGACCGACCGAGAGAAGGAAAAGGAGAGAGCCAAGGCUAAGGCUGUGGGAGCUGACAUGGACUGUUGCUCUCUGAAAAGAGAGGACACUCAGUCAGAGUCUGCGGGAGAAUCUACCAUGAAACUGCAUGGACUGAGACGGACGGGCAGUAGCAAAUACCCUGAACUGUCAUCACCCACCACACCAAGGAUGCUCAACACUAAGUCUCUGGGUCGUCCACCCAGCCUGGCUUACCUGGACAAGGUGAACUCCAACAGUCUUGACUCCUGCGUGACCAUCCAUGACCUUCCACCCAAAGUCCCCUCGUACGCCAAACUUCAGGACUUGGCUGGCUCCCACACAGCUACCCGCCUCACUCCCAGCCCAGCUCCUGUCCUCCACAUCGAUUCCUGUUCCUACACCAGUGACAGCCUGAGCCUGAGCACAUCGCCACUGCUCUACCCCAAGCUGUCUGGCAUGCACCGCAGCCUGGAGUCCCUGCCACUGCAGAUGAGCGUCCCUGCCAGUGCAAGGUUUGUCUCAGCUGAGACACGUGACAAGGAGGAGAGAGCUACUGGAACCUGGGGGGGCGGGAGCAGAACAUCCCUCAACCUCUCGGAGAGCUUGCAAACAGACCGGAAUACCUUGCCAAAGAAAGGUUUAGAACGCUAUGGCUCAAGCCUCUCAGAGAGUGAAGGAAGCAAACCGGGCAGGCGCCACUCCCACAACAUAGUCAGCAUGACAGAGAGUGAAAGCCCCCCUCAGCUGCCUUCUCCCUCUCGCCAACUCUACUCGUCCUCUGGCAAGGCUCCUCUCACCAACGUGGUUGCCCCCAUUUCCAUUGGCACUCCAAGGAUAUCGCGUUCUAACAGCAUAGGCCCCCCCAGUGACUCAGCCUGUGAGCUCUAUGGAUCCUCCCCCAUGGGCAGCAGUAUGUUGGUCCCUGACCGGCCAAAAAGCAUGAUGCGGUCAGGAUCUUUCCGUGAACCCGGGGAAGAUGUACAUGGCUCCGUACUCUCUUUGGCAUCUAAUGCGUCAUCAAACUAUUCCUCGAAUGAGGAGAGGAUACAAGGGGAGCAAAUCCGCAAGUUGAGGCGCGAGCUGGAAGUCUCCCAGGAGAAGGUCGCCAACUUGACCAUGCAACUUUCUGCUAAUCAGCUAGGCCAGGCUAAUCUGGUAGCGGCGUUCGAACAGAGCCUGGCACUGAUGACUGCGCGCCUGCAGACGCUGUCCGUCUCCUCGGAUCAAAAGGACUCUGAGCUCACUGACCUGAAGGAUACCAUCGAUAUUCUCAAGGCCAAAAAUACAGAGGCCCAGGAAAUCAUCCAGGGGGCUCUCAACAACCCAGACAUCACACCCAAAGAGCUACAGAUCAAUCGGCAGAACUCUUCGGAAAGCAUCUCCAGCCUCACCAGCACCACCAGUCACUCCAGUAUGGGAAGCCUCAAAGAGCAGGAGGCCAAGAAGAAGAAGAAGAAGAGCUGGUUGCGCAGCUCCUUCAACAAGGCCUUCAGUAAGAAAGGGCCCAAGUCAGGGCCGUAUGCUGACAUUGAGGAGAUCGCUACCCCAGAAUCCUCUGCUCCUUCCUCUCCCAAAGUCUACCACACUAGUGAUAAUGCAACAACAGUUAAAUCCUCCACCUCUCCAUCAUCACCAGGACUGUGUGAAGGAGGUGAGGAGAUGGAUGAAAAUGUUGUAACCGAGCUGAAAUCAGAGCUGUGGGAGAAGGAGAGGAAACUGACCGACAUCCGCCUGGAAGCUUUAAGCUCUGCUCAUCAACUGGAGCAGCUGCAGGAGGCCAUGAACAGCAUGCAGGUACGUAAGAGGACAGUGGAGAACCUGAAGGCUGAGAAUGACCACCUGAAGACGGGUAGUGUGUCCCCCUGUCCAUCUCCUGGACCCUCCAGCUCCGUCUCCCAGUCCUCAGGUCUCACUGCACUGGGAGGUGUGUCACCACGACAGUCAAUAGCCAUGCACGUGCCAAAAAGCUACAGCAGAGGGCCGAGUGAUGGGAGCAGCUCAGAUGUCCACUCCACAGAUUCUCUCAGCCUUUCCUUGCAGAGAGAUGAUCACCGUGUCAGGGUGGUGGUUUGUGUUGCAGACCUGCGUGUCUUCAAAGAAGAGGUCAAACAGCAGGAUUUCUUUGUGGGCACUGUCCGAGUGAAUGGCAGGAUGGACUGGACCAUGUUGGAUUCUGCCGUCAGCCAGGCGUUCAAAGUGUACAUAACCAAAGUUGACCCUACCUCCAGCCUGGGUCUAUCUACUGACUCCAUUUACAGUUACAGCAUGGGCCACAUAAAGAGAGUGCUGGGAGGAGAAGCUCCUGAGCCUCAGCCAUCGCGGUGCAUGUCCCGAGGCCCCAGCAGCAUCACGGUGUCUCUAAAAGGUUUAAAGGAGAAGUGUGUGGACAGUCUGGUAUUUGAAACCCUCAUUCCCAAACCCAUGAUGCAACACUAUAUCAGUCUGCUGCUCAAACACCGCCGCCUCGUCCUGUCUGGUCCCAGUGGGACGGGGAAGACCUACCUCGUCUCCCGGCUGGCUGAGUACCUGGUAGAUCGCAGUGCACGUGAAGUCACCGACGGCAUUGUGGCCACUUUCAACAUGCACCGCCAGUCAUGCAAGGAGCUACAGCUUUAUCUUUCCAACUUGGCCAAUCAAAUCGAUCGAGAAACCAGCACGUCAGAAAUACCACUGAUAGUCAUCCUGGACGAUAUUCACGAUCCUGCCUCCCUCAGUGAACUUGUCAAUGGUGCUCUAACCUGCAAAUAUCACAAAUGCCCUUACAUUAUUGGAACAAGCAAUCAGCCAGUGAAGAUGAGUGCGAACCAUGGACUGCAUCUCAGCUUUAGGAUGGUGACCUUCUCCAACAACGUGGAGCCAGCCAACGGUUUCCUGGUGCGGUAUUUGCACAGGAAGAUGAUGGAGUCCGAGAACGAGAGGAGUCUGAUGAACAAUGACCUGAUCAAGGUGUUGGACUGGGUGCCCAAGCUCUGGUAUCACCUUCACACCUUCCUGGAGAAACAAAGCACGUCAGACUUCCUCAUCGGCCCAUGCUUCUUCCUGUCAUGUCCAGUCACAGUGGAUGAGUUCCGUUCAUGGUUCAUUGAUCUCUGGAACCACUCCAUUAUUCCAUAUCUGCAAGAGGGGGCCAAGGAUGGAAUCAAGGUCCAUGGCCAGAAGGCAGUAUGGGAGGAUCCAGUCGAGUGGGUUAGGGACACUCUCCCAUGGCCGUCCGCGCAGCAGGACCAGGCAAAGCUAUUCCACCUUCCUCCCCCCAGCAUCAGUUCCAGCAGUCCUGGUCAGCCCUGUGAGGACAGGCCUCACAAGGAGACCCCACCCAGCUCCAUGGAAUCUGAUCCACUGAUGGCAAUGCUUCUGAAACUCCAAGAGGCUGCCAAUUACAUUGAAUCCCCAGAAAAAGAAGAGCCUAGCCUGCCUAAAUUCUGAACACAAAUCUCACCCUUCAAAACUUAGCACUUCAGAUUUUAUUUUUCGUCCUUUGUACUGAUGCAGUGAACAUUCAGGAACCAAAAGAAAAAAAUGCUCAGAAAUGGUUGUAGUGUAGAACGCUAAGAGUGUAAAAUGGGUUGUUAUUGCAAAUCACCUUCAUGUUGUGCAGUAUUUCCCUCCGUACGUCUUGAACGGAGAUCUGUAACUUCUGUCAAUUUCUCAUGUGAUCUGGUCCUUUACCACCACGUUAGUCUUCUUAGAUCGGUGCUAAUAGAUCACUAUGAAGCUCAUCGUCUUAGCACUAGCGACGGCAUGCACUAUCAACAUCCUGUACUGUGCUCAAGUGCAUUAUGGGAUACGGUGUUUCUGACAGCAUGCGAGAAGCGAGGGUUUAUUGUAAAGUUCUGUGGUCCAUAUCGACUGCCUAAGGUCGGGGGCCACACUGGCUGUGUGAGCACAUCUGCGUUGCUUUUAGGUGCACGUCAUAUACGUGAGUGAGCUGCACUGCCUUCUUGAGACAAGAGCUGUCUAUUUGUGUAGUACACAACAAAAUAGACGGCGACAAUGAUCUUUUAACACAAUUUUAAUGUCUCUAUGUGUCAAAUAUGUGACAAACCACAACAUGAUUGUGAAAUAUUCGCAGGACUGGUAGAUUGACACUUCAUACCGUAGAGUCCUGGCUUAAAGGAAUAUUAAAAAUGAUAUUAUUCCUGGCUGUUUCUUUGUAAAAGAAAAACAGAGCAGCCGGAUGCAGCAAUGCAGACGUCAUGCACUGCAACACUCACCCAGUGCGGCCCGGGUAUACAAGUCUAUGGAGGCUCAAAUCUCACACUUAAUAUAUGCAAUCCUUAACUUUACAUCCUGAGCAGGUGGAAUUAAUUAAAAUGCCUUAAGAUUGAAAGACGUCAAAAUUUACACACAACUUCAGCAGAGAAACCUGGUGCUUUCAUCGACAUCAUCCCAGCUAAGGCGACCAGAAAUCAGCCAUUUACUCUGAACUAUGUGAAAUAUUCUAAUUCAUCCACGUUAUCUUGCAGGAGGAAACGUACAACAACCAAGCACCGGCCCACAGUGCCCUUUGUAACACUGUUACAACACAUAAUCUUAAAUAAGUUGGACAACUACACUUACUGUCCUACUCUUUAUUUGUGAUGCGACUUCAUCAGUUUGCCGUAUCUUUUUCCUCCACUUGAGCACUUAAUUUAGUUACUUUCUUAACUACUUGAAGUAGUCUCGCCAAUGUUGCCAUUAAUAUCAGGUAUUAGAUACUUAUUACACAGGGAUAAUACUGUAUAGCAUAACGAGCGCCCCUCUGGUUACAUUGCAAAUGCUAUAUGAAUCUAAUUCAGAUUUCUUUGUCUAUAGAAAGUUCUUCUUCAGAGUAGUUCUAUAUUGUGUACAUUCAGUCAGGCUACAUCAGUUGUUAUUAGUUGGUGCAAAUAUCUAAUAUACUGAACCAAAUACUGUACUUUAUUCAUGCAUAUCGAUUGUCAACUAAAGGAUUUACGCAAAACUAUAGACUGUGUAGGAACAGUGUUAAUUAUAGCAGGUGCUUUCAAAGGAAGCCUUAUCACAACACUCCAUGGCAAAAACACUUCUCAGUGGUUUCAUUUAUUUUAGACGUUAAAAAGAGAUAAAUAUCUUUCAUCUCUCACUGUUAAGAUCAUCAUUUAGGUACUAAAUGUAUGGUGGUGCUCUUUAGAAAUGUCCCAAACAGUUUUGAUGUUCAGUAGACAUUACAUAGAUGUUCGGGGUAGGUUAGCAACGAGUUUCCGUGUUAAACACUAAAGAAAAUGUGGAAGAUGGAUUUCUGGAUUUUUUUUUUUUUUGUCCUUGGACUUGCUGUUGACAAACUGUGACAGAAGGUAUUAAGACGCAGUGAAACCAUGUGAUGCAUUGUGCGGUGCGUUUGCUCAUGUUGAUGUCGUCCAUUAUUCCUAUUUAAGAACAUGCUGUGUGAGUGCACAGCACGCAACAAAAAAACAAAAAACGAAACUACAAGGCGUACUAGAGUGAUGGAAGAGUAUUGAAACAAUUGUUUUCUUUCCAGUACUUUGUGAUUAUUUUUGUAAAUAAUUUCUGACGGAGUAAACGACGGUGAUGGUUGUGCAGGUGGUGUGUGUCAAGACUGUUUCUCCACGUGUUCAUAAAUCCUGUAAAUGAAUGAAUGUCGCACCACUUUUUAUGACAGCUCGAAAAGAAAGUUUUUAAAUUUGCUGCUUCGUUAUUACAAUGUUUAAAUAAGGCUGAGAACAAAGCUUAUCCAAUCUCAACAGUUAAGUUGAAUGAAUGAAUGAAUGAAUGAAUGAAUGAAUGAAUGAAUGAAAAGAUGCCAAACAGCCGCAGACUCUCAUCCUGGCCACGAUGCCAUUUGUGGAAUGAUUUCCAUCACUGUAAAUAUAUCAGGACAGUAUUUGCCAUCCCCGUUUCUACUGGUUCCUAAAAAGCCAUCAUCUCACUGGUUGUUGUGCCUGUUGCUUUGUAGAAUUGUAGCUGUGAUUUGUGUUUGCUUACCAGUGUAUGCAGCAACUUCCACUGGUGUCGGCAGCCACACGGGUGAGCUUCCUGAACAAACACGGCAUGUUUUCAUAUUAGUCUGUCAUUUUGUUCUCCAAUUUGGACAAAACUGCACCACAGGAUGGGAACAGAAGCUGGUUCAAGCCGGUGAUACUGAGCCGCAAAGAGGCUGCGAAGCGUUAAGAACGAGGCUCGUAUACGUGUAGAUAAAGACAUUCACAUGUUUUGUCCUUUAUAAAUGCGACAAAACUGUUACAAAUGAAAAUGCAAGUGGUCCAUUGACAAUAAUGACGGUUAAAAAACAAAUAUGAGCUUGUCACAGUUUUAAGUAGAAUUAAACCAGAUAAUUAAGUCAAUUUAAAUAUCUGAGGCCAAAAGAUGUUGCUGAAUAGUCAUAUUUUUGCAAAAAACAAACCUUGUAGACUAAAGUAAGAUUUUAAGAGAAUGUUAUGCGGUAUCUAACGUUACUGGUGUGCAAAUGUUAAGGGUUUUUAAGUGCUGUACAUGCAUGUACACUUGCUGUGUGACCAGGAAAACCAUAUUAAAAUGGAUUUAUUGUUUAGAAAAAUCAUCCGAGAUAACGUUUUCCUUUUUAAUACUCAGAUAUUUGGUAUUUCUGUUCUUUUCUAAAGGAUUCUUUGUAAAACUUAAUUUCUCUAUUUUGUACAGGACGUCAUUGUAAAGAUUGUACAUAGGUUGAUGGUCUGGCUGCGGCAACAAUCAUUGAGGAGGCGAUGGAUUAGUGUGUGUGUGUGGGGGGGCGGGGCAGCGGUGUAACUGACAGACAAGUAUAUUUCUUCAGAGUUGAGUCCAAUAUAUGGAUAAGGCAUGUUUCUGAAGGCUUUCAUCCAUCUAUCACUGUUUGUUGGUAUCAAUAAAAUCCAUGUUAUAUUUA